AUGGCUUUGAUACACGCAAGCAUGGAAUACAAAAACGAAGGGCACAGUGGCGUGAACCAGCUCGGGGGUAUCUUCGUGGGCGGCCGCCCGUUACCCGAUUCGACGCGCCAGCGGAUCGUGGAGCUGGCGCACGCGGGCGCCCGACCAUGUGACAUAUCGCGCAUCCUGCAAGUUUCCAACGGCUGUGUCAGCAAAAUCCUGGGACGAUACUAUGAAACCGGAAGCAUCCGGCCCCGUGCCAUCGGAGGAUCGAAGCCGCGCGUGGCGACGCCCGAGGUUGUGAACAAAAUUUCCCAGUUCAAAAAUAACUGCCCCAACAUUUUCGCCUGGGAAAUCCGGGACAAGCUACUGAACGAGCGUAUCUGCACACCGGAGAACAUACCGAGCGUUUCCUCAAUCAACCGGGUCCUGCGCAACCUGACGGCCCAGAAGGAGUUUAGCAAAAAGCCACACACACAGGACGCGCUCAGCGACGGGCAGGUGGUGAACUAUUUGCCCGCCGGCAAGUCGCUCAACGACGCCCAGUUCAUCCACUACAAGUACGGCGACGGCUGCCGGGCGGUGCAGAGCGGGGCGGAGUCGGGUAACCCGGGGUUCAUGAAGCACUGCUUCACCAACCUGGACGCUGCCUCCGCCGCCGCCGCUGCUGCCGCCGCCGCGGCCGCCGCUUCCUCGGGCACACCGAAGCAAACGUUCGUCGACAGCGACACGGAGCGGCUGAGCCUGAAGCGGAAGCUACAGCGCAACCGGACCUCGUUCACCGUCGAUCAGAUCGAGUUUCUCGAGAAGGAGUUCGAGCGAACGCACUACCCGGACGUGUUCUCGCGCGAACGGCUCUCGUCGAAAACCAACCUCCCAGAGGCCCGGAUACAGGUGUGGUUCUCCAACCGGCGGGCCAAGUGGAGGCGCGAGGAAAAGCAACGAUCGCAGGCCGUGUCCGAGGGCUCAUCGUCGGCAGCGGCGGCGGCGGCUGCAGCUGCAGCGGCGGCCGCGGCGGCCGUACAGAAUGCGUCCAUCUCGUCCUGCUCGCUUAACCUGGCCGCACCGCUCGUGACGCACGUGUACGACUCGAACAUGUGCGUCGAGGACUCGAACAGUAACUACCUGAGCAAAACGUACCCACUGGAGUCGUCCUUCCAGAGCCUGGAGGCGCUCAAGUCGGCGGCCCCACCCACCGGCGGCGGCCAGCACCCGGUGGUGGUGCAGCAGCAACACUCGCCCGCCGCCAUGUCGUUCAAGCUGGCGUUUCCCAACGCACCGGCCAACGGGGGAGAUGUCGGUGGGCCGAACGGCGGUGGUGGUGGUAGCAGCGGUAACGCGGCUGGCAGUGAUGGUGGCGGUGGCGGCGGCGGUGCCCCCGUCAGUUCCGCUCCGACGCUCGAUGCGUCCACCUGCUCGAACCUGAUGGGCACCGUUUCACUAAGCAAUAGCAGUAGCUUCUCACACGUACCUACCUCGGAUGAUAAGUCGUUGUACAAUCACUUUGCCUACUCGGCCGCCGCCGCCGCCAACAUGCACCACAGCUACACGGCCGCGGCCGCCGCCGCCGUCGAUCCGUCCUACAACGGGAUGUACUUGAAGAACCAGCUGUACAACCUGCCCCCGAACGCCGGCGUCCUCAGCUUCCAGUCGACGCUCGAGUGGAACAAAAGUUAAUGGCA